AUGGCUGCGUUCAAGCGCAAAACGCAGGAGCUUUGUGACGAGACGCGGGAGCGGUGCGAGCAGAGACUCGAGCGCCAGGAAGCCCAGCACGAGCGGCAGGUGCAAAGUCUGCAGCGCCAACUGCGAGACGUGGUGGGCUCCUGCGUGUCGCUAGCGGAGCACGAGCAGAUUCUGGCCACGACAGCGCAGGAGCAGCAGCGCCAGCUCGAGGAGAUCCGAAGACGGCACCACUCUGAGAUGCGCGAGUUCGAGCAGCGGUGCGACGAGAAGUGGCAGGCCAAGAUGGCCGCAAUCAAGACGCAGAGCGAGCAGGAGAAGUCUCAACUUACGCAACGCAUCGAGCAGCUCAAGCUGCAGCAGAGCGAGGCAGCGGCUGAGGCGAAGGAGCGCGACCUGGCUGAGUUGCGGUGGAGCGAGAAGCUCGAGGCGGCAGCGCGUGAGAAGGCAGAAGUGGAGAAGCGGGUCGACGACGCGAAGAAUCGACUUGAGGAGGCUUGCCGGAUCAUAGUCGCGUUGAAGACCCGCCUGCGCCACCACAAGAGGCUGGCCCGUGACUUGGAGUCGCAGCGGGACAAGAACUCUGCUACGCGCGACGAGGUGAUGCAGUGCAAGCUGGCGUAUGCAGAGCUGAAGGGCGACACGGAUUCUCGAGUGGCGAGUCUGGAGAGGGAGCUAGACCACGCUCUGCGCGCCGUCGUUGACGAGAAGGCCAACGCGCGCGCUCUACAGAGCGAAGUCGCCGGUCUACGUGACCAGCUGCAGCGGCAGCAAUGCGCUGCGGCGGAGCUGGCCGCCAAGGGGACACUCAGCGUGGAGCACCAUGCGUCCGAGCGCAAGCAGCUUCAGAAGGAGGUGGAGGCGCUGCAAAGGGCUCUGCAGCAGGAGAAGCAGUCAGUCAAAGAGGCCGCGACACGGACGCACGAGAUGCAGCAGCGCGCCGCCGAAACACAGCUUCAACACCAGACCUUGGUCCAGGACCUGCGCACGCGGCUGGAGCUGCAGCAGGCGACGGAGGCCUCGCUCAAGCGGCAGGGCCAGCGGCUGAGGCAGCGCGUGGAGCAGAGCAAGGCCGUGGUCGAGAAGCUGCACGCCGAGAACAAGCAGCUCGGCGAGGAGGUCCACAACCGCGACGCGUCCACGGAGGCCUGGGCCCGGAAGCUCUUCGGAGGCAAGUGA